AUGGUGAAGUAUGAUGUCAUAUCUAUGAUAAGCAAACCUAAAAGGACUCCUGUUGAGUCAGUUGAUAAACUUUCAACCACAAAAGCUUCCUCAAAAGUAAUUGCAGACAGGGUUGAGAUGAGUCUAAAUUCCACAAAGUUUGAACGUGGUUGGGAAACGAUUGGGACACACUUAAUUCGAAAUAUUUCAACACCCCAAGUUCCAGGCAAAAGAGUGAAGGUUGCUGCAUUCGACUUGGAUGGGACAUUGAUCAAUACCAAGUCCGGAGCAAAGUUUUCAAGAGGGCCAACGGAUUGGAAAUGGUGGGGUAAUUCCUCAACAAGAGUUCCCGAAGCCUUGUCAAAACUUUACAGUGACGGAUAUCUCAUUGUUAUCUUUACAAACCAAGGGGCGGUUGUUGUUAACAAGAAUAGCAAGUCGUUUUCUAAUUUGAAAGCAAAAUUGAAUCUCAUAUAUGAAGAAUUAAACAAACAUCAAAUCAAAUCGUUGUACGUCUACGCCUCGCCAAAAAGGCCACUGAAAGAUUCUGUUUCAAGUGAAGAGCAACAUAAGUCGACAAGGAAACCGGCCAUCGGAAUGUGGCAAAAUUUGGAACAGGUCCUAGUCGAGGAAGGGAAGACAAUUGUUUAUGAGGGGAGUUUUUACGUUGGAGAUGCAGCUGGUAGAAACAAAGACUUUCUGGAUAGUGAUUUGAAAUUUGCGGAAAAUGCAAAGAUAAACUUCAAAACUCCGGAGGAAUUUUUUAUAGACUAA